GCCCGCUUGCCGGCGCUUUUUCACUUGAGUAGAAGCCGGCGAGUUCCUCAAGGCUCGCGCGAGCCGGGGCCGGGACGCCGGUCCCUGCCGUUUCCGUCGUCCCCCCUCCCGCCCUCCAGUCCCCUCCACCUCGCCUAGCACCCGAUGGUGAGCGACGUGCUGUGUCGCUGUGUGGCCUCUCCACCGGCCCCCGGCGCCGCCCCCGCCCAGUCGUCCGCCGGGGACCCGUGUGGCGGCGUGUGCGGGGGUCCUGAACACCGCCUCCGCCUCUGGAGCCUCUUCCAGGAACUCGAUGUCAACCGCGACGGAGGCCUCUGUGUCAACGAUCUGGCCGUGGGUCUACGGAGGCUCGGCCUGCAUCGCACUGAGGGCGAGCUCCGGAAAAUUGUAAAAGCUGGAGAUAAGGACCUGGAUGGGCAGCUGGACUUUGAGGAAUUUGUUCAUUAUCUUCAAGACCAUGAGAAGAAACUGAGACUUGUCUUUAAGAGCUUGGACAAAAAGAAUGAUGGGCGCAUCGAUGCUCAGGAGAUCAUGCAGUCCCUGCGGGAUCUGGGGGUCAAGAUUUCUGAACAGCAGGCUGAAAAAAUCCUUAAGAGAAUACGAACGGGCCAUUUCUGGGGCCCUGUCACUUACAUGGAUAAAAAUGGAACUAUGACAAUUGACUGGAAUGAAUGGAGAGAUUAUCAUCUUUUGCAUCCAGUUGAAAAUGUUCCUGAGAUCAUUCUGUACUGGAAGCAUUCCACAAUCUUUGAUGUGGGAGAGAACCUAACAGUCCCUGACGAGUUCACAGUGGAAGAAAGGCAGACAGGGAUGUGGUGGAGACAUCUCGUAGCUGGGGGAGGAGCAGGGGCUGUCUCCAGGACCUGCACAGCCCCCCUGGACCGGCUGAAGGUGCUCAUGCAGGUCCAUGCUUCCCGUAGCAACAACAUGUGUAUUGUUGGAGGGUUUACACAGAUGAUCCGAGAAGGAGGGGCCAAAUCUCUGUGGCGUGGCAAUGGCAUUAAUGUCAUAAAAAUUGCCCCAGAAUCAGCUAUUAAAUUUAUGGCCUAUGAGCAGAUCAAGCGUCUUGUUGGGAGUGACCAAGAAACACUGAGGAUUCAUGAGAGGCUGGUAGCAGGCUCUCUGGCAGGAGCUAUUGCCCAGAGUAGCAUCUACCCUAUGGAGGUCUUAAAGACAAGGAUGGCACUGCGGAAGACAGGGCAGUAUUCGGGCAUGUUGGAUUGUGCCAAGAAGAUCCUGUCCAAGGAGGGAAUAACGGCUUUCUACAAAGGCUAUAUCCCAAAUAUGCUUGGAAUUAUUCCUUAUGCAGGAAUAGACCUGGCUGUCUAUGAGACACUAAAAAAUACCUGGUUACAGCGGUAUGCAGUCAACAGUGCAGAUCCUGGUGUGUUUGUCCUCUUGGCUUGUGGUACAAUAUCCAGUACUUGUGGACAACUGGCCAGUUACCCUCUGGCUCUUGUGAGGACUCGGAUGCAAGCCCAGGCUUCAAUUGAGGGAGCCCCAGAAGUGACCAUGAGCAGCCUCUUCAAACAGAUCCUUCGGACAGAAGGAGCAUUUGGCCUGUAUAGAGGCUUGGCCCCCAACUUCAUGAAGGUGAUCCCAGCUGUGAGCAUCAGUUAUGUGGUAUAUGAGAACCUGAAGAUCACCUUAGGGGUGCAGUCUCGGUGACGGGAAGGCUGGCUCCAGACUGUUAGACUUAAGGAUCUUGGGCCGAAGUCCCAGGAUGUAUAGCCAUCUCAUUCUGUGAAUGUGUCAACACUAAGCUGACUUAAGCCAAGCUGUGAAAACCUCAGAAUGUGUAUGAGACAUAGAAGAGGCAGGGGAAAAGAGGUCUGAGCCUUUGGUUGACAUGUCAGUCUUGUUGUCCCAGAUCUCAUUGUGGACCCCUGAGAAAACCCCAUUUGUUCCCUACAAAGCCUUCCUCAGGGGCCUAGGGAUGGGAACAGGACCUGGGGCUUUCAAGUAAGGAGAGAAGUGCUCCCUGCCAUGCCUGCUAAAAAACAGAGGCUUGGGAACUGGCUUACUUCCACCAUCUUGCGCUAAGCAACCAAGCUAUUUGUUCCAGGGGAUCUAAAUUAACCCUCUGAUGUGCUAAGGGUUUUCCCUUUUCAGUCUUUGCUCACUUCCUAUUUGCUGUUUUAAUUCUUAAAACACACUGUGGUGGGACAAUCAGUGUUCCCAGGUCACACCUGUUUAUCAUGUAUACUCCCAUGGUGAGAAAAGAUUUAACCUUGAACUUUACAAAUAGCAUUUUCCAAUGUACAGAGCUGCCCUGGCUCCUGCAGGAAGGACAAUGACUAACUUGUGUAUUUGCUAUAAGCACAGCACCUCUCUCAUCCAUGAGACAGUACAGUUAAAUAAACAGUGAACUGGUGCCCUGCAUGUUUGUGUGCAUGGCAAGGGUAGGUAAAGUCAAUGCCUUAUCUGUCUUAAUAGCCUCACAUCAUAACGCAUGACUUCAUGAGUAAUAUUGUUCAGUCCUUGGAACUGAACAGUUUCUCCUCCCUACUCGGCACCCCGAGGUGCCCUGAGCUGGCUUCCAGGCAAGGGCUGGGCCAAGCAUCCACUCAGAGCAUAAGCCACUCUCCCUGAGUAGGAGUCGGUCUUUAGCUUGGGAUUGGGAAGGAGACUUCUUGGUUUAAUUCUCUUCCCUGAUGAGAGUUUAAGGCCUUAAAUUCUGGUGGAGUUGGAUUAAGAAGUUUUAGUUCAUCAGAAAGAGAAAUAGAUGUGCAAAUUCUUCCUUUGCUUCUGUCGCAGAGUGGGAAGAGGAAGUGGUGGAGGUAUUAUUUCUCUGACUGCAUUAAGGUCUGUUUUGGGACUCUUUUCCAACUCCUAAUUGGGGCAGAAAGGGAUCAGCCUCACAUUCCACUGAAGCAAUGUAUUAUACUGCUUAAAGCAUAUUUAUUUUGUAUUUAUUUGAACAGAGUUAUGUCCUAACUAUUUUUAUAGAUGUGUUUAAUUAUUAGUCUGUCCUAUUUAGUGUUUUGGUUUUUUUUAUCCUUAUUUAUGUUCGUAGUUGAUUGCACCUUCUUAGCACUGUGCAGCAGCAGGAAAGCUAUGGGGAGGACCAUAAGCACGUGAAAGGUUCCCCGUUAUUCCAUGUGUAGCCUGUGCUGUCUGCCUUAGGUCUACAAGAUCAAUCAGAAGUUUCCUUCUAGGCUGGAGCCUGAGGAUUGUGGAUGAGAGAAAGAGGAUCACGGUGGGGGAAAGUGGUGGUCAAAGUCUAGGCUUGCUCUCCUGGAGCAGUGCAUGUGAUUAAAGAAGGGAUGAGGUUGUGUGAAUGAUAGACAAUUGGGGUUAAUGGGCACAAAAAUUUAUGUGGAGAGAAGGAGAGUGGGGAGGGAGAAAUCUCAGGGAUUUCCAAGAUGAAAAUCCAAAUAAUUUCCCAGAAUCAGGAAGAAUUUCUUCAAAAAUAUUAUUUCUCUUUGAAUCAAGUGGCUAUAAUGACCUGACUCUUCAGGUACAUGUGGAGGAAGGGGGAGCCUUCUAGUAAGGAAAGGCUUGGUUGGCUGAAUGGGUAAGUGGGAAUGGUUUUGCAGCUUGUCUGCCCCAGGGGUGAAAUGGGCCUGUCCCCUUUCCAUUCAGACUGACAUACCCCACUUCCUGUAGCCCGGAGACCAGCUGCUUUUUGGAGCCUUGGGUCUUGCUGCUUCCUUUCUCCCCCUUCUUGAAAUAGUGGUUGCAAAUCAUUUAACUAGACAAUUACACUUUCAUUCCACCAGUAUGGCCUAAUGGGAAAAACACAGGAUGCAAAGAUCAAUGCAAAAUUACUGUCUUUUUAGUUAUAACUGGAAUUUGUCCAAAAGCAAAAUUAAAGAACACAACAUGGAAGUUUUCACUUAGAACAGCCUUCUAAUAAAGUUAUUUCAAUGCUGA